AAACCAUCUCCCUGCUCCCUCUCUCUCGUUACUAACUCCAUUGAUUGAGAAAUGGAAGGCAAAACUGGAUUGGAAACCCUAAUUGUUUUUUCGUUGAAGAUGGUCUUGUCGUUGACGCUCAAUUCGACUACACUCCUCCCCACCUCCGCCAACUCGUCGCCGUCUCUCAGUCCGGCGACCUCCCUGCCCUCCGCCUCGCUCUUGAAAAAAGAUGAUUAACGCACCACGACCACCACCAGUGCGCGCUCUUGCUUAUGCUCACCACCACCACCACCACCAAUUAUGCGUGCUGCUUCUGCUCACCCCACCAAUUCUGCAGCCUGCUUCUGCUCACCCCACCCCCAUUUGCGAAGUUCAAAUGUCUACCACUACUACCACCAGUGUGAACCUCCCCCACUUGCGACGAAAUUUUACAUCCCCUUCCGCCUAGCUCUUCCCCUGUCACAAGGAAGGUCUAUGCAAUAGAUGCAAUAAGUGUGCUACCUGACGAGCUCUGGAAUUUGGUUUAGCACACUAAUUUGAAAUUUGGACAAAAUUACUUGACAUGCUCUAUCUCUUCAGGCGUUGGAAACCUAACUCGCAUGGAAUACCUGGAUUUUGGUAUUAAUGCAUUAUCUGGGCCACUUCCGAGAGAACUCGAUCUACUUACUGAGUUGAUAUUAUUGGGUCUUAGUGGAAACAAUUUCUCUAGCCCCCUUCCAUCAGAGAUUGGAAACAUAAGAACUCUGCAGCAACUCCUCCAUUGGAUGCUCCUUGUGAUAUGUGUUCCAAGUCACACAAUUUACCAAUUUGAUUCUCGUCGUCGAGAUCCAUUACGAUCCGUGUUGGUCAAGUCACUAUUGAAUAAAGUGUUGAUGAAAAUGAAUGUCAAAAAAAGCGCACUUCCUCAAUGGAAAUCAGUUAAGUGCGCCCAACAAGAGGGUGGGGUCGAGUGUGGCUAUUACGUGAUGAAAUUCAUGCAAGACAUAUUCAAAAGUUGCAAGGAAGUUCAAGAUCUGGAAAAGGUUUUCACAACUCCAAGGGAGGGGCCCUUCACCAAAGAGGAGUUGGAUGAAGUUCGAGACAAGUGGACUACUUACUUCAACGACUGUGAAUUACCCUCAGUGUAAUAAUUAGAGCAGGCUUGUAGUUAUUCGUGACUUUUACAUUAUUUUGUUAUUUAUCGAUUUAAUUAAUUACAUUUGAAUUAAUUCGGCAAUAUUAUUGGAAAUUUGAAAUUUAUAUCA